AGUGGAUCCGAGCAGACACAAGUCCCAUUGGCUCGAUGUGAACGUGCGGAGGAGAGCGGGAGAGCGCAGGAGCUAUAAAAGCAGUGAGAGCGCGAGCGAGACAUCUACCACCAAUCUGGAGCUUAUCCUCAUCCAAAGCAGAAGCAGCAGAAGCAGCAGAAGCACAGAGCGAACCGCGCGUAAAGAUGAGCGAGAGACAAACUUCUGGAGCGAUGACUGGAAACAGCAAACCAUCUGCUGGACAAGACGAUAAGAAGAACAACCAGCCCGAGGACUUUGACAUCGACAUGCAGGACCCGGAGACAGCCAAGGCAGCCGUGGCCAUCCAGUCCCAGUUCAGGAAGUACCAGAAAAAGAAGCAGGACGUGAAGUCGUAAAGCUUUCCACGGCAACACCUGAACGGAGGCGUGGUCUUGCAUGUUGAAUACAGAGCACUGUCAUGAACUCAACGGGCACGUGUGGAGCGGGGUGGAGCGGGGUGGGGGCUGGUACGGAGGGGACAGCAGUAUAUUUGUCUGUGUGUUACUGUAACUAGAUAUGAAACGCAUUAUCAGUGUUUACAUUAAUGUGUUUGUUGUUUUUUUGGUUUCCCAUUACUUUUUACUUUUAUACAUUUGUUGCACCAGUUUCAUUCAUUUUUGGACCAUUCUGUGUAUUUUUCACCUAUAAAAACAAUAGUAGCUGUAGUUAAAGAGGAAUAUAAAGCCACAAGAUUCAAUGUAGAUGUGAUUUAUGCCAAGCCAAAUCAUAUAAUUUUAAGUGUUUUUUCAACAUUAGUAGAGUUUGGACACCUCAGUGAUCAGUAGUAGUAGUAAUAUCAGGCCUGUCACAAUAAUCACUAUAUCAAUUUAUCGUUCUAUAUAUGAAAGCUGGAACAAUAUAUUUUGGGUCUCAAUAUUUUUAUUUUACUUUUAGUUUUUUUGCAAAAGUGGGGAGAUUUUUGUUAUUUUCGUACAAUAAGAUCUGAGCUGUAGAAAGUUGAAUAAGUCACUUUUAUAGCUAAUUGAACGGUUCCUUAACAUGAAUUUAAUAGUAAGUUACGCUGAACCAACACAAGAAUCAGCACAGACACAAGUGAGAUCUUUGUGCACAAAAAAACCAUUUAGGAUCAUAACACUUAUAUUUAAAAUUAUUAUCAUUGUAAUGAAACAAAAAAGGUUAAACUCACUCCCACUCUCAGUUUGAACCAUUUUAAACACAUUUAAGUCUUGGUUGUUUCUCUUUGUGAUUAGUUUGUGGAUAAAAUGAGUUCUUAUGGUGGCUUAUGUCAUAUGAAUAAAUAGUAAAGGACCCGGCUCUUUGACGUGUACUGAUUCAAAAGAUUCAGAUUCCAUAAAAGAGCCGAAAGUCCCAUCACUAGCUCAACCCUUUUAAUGAUCCUGUCUAUUUACAAAGGGUUUGCUGGGAUUAUCUUGCUUUAUUUAAUCUUUAUCAGUGGCCCAAAGUAGUUUCAAUACUCAUAUCGUUUAUCGCGAUAUUUCCCUGUAGCGAUAUAUCGUGCUUUAAAAGUGUUACGGUGACAGGUCUGAGUAGUUUUGCUUAUGACAUGACUUUACAUUAUAACAAGUGUGAGUAGUUUGAGUUGUCUUAAUGUUUUAAUGUGAUCUUCAUUCUUGUAUACAAGCACAUGAACGCAUGCUGGCUUCAGACACAAUGUGCACAUACAGUUUACAUACAGUGGAAUCAAUAAAGAUGUGGAAAACGAC